UGAAAACAAUACUUGAACUUGAUAAGUUAUUAAAUGCAGCUUACAUGGCAUGCUUUAUUUUAUAUUACAAAAUCAGAAUAUUAUAUUAUUAUUAAUGGGGAUGGUGAGUGUAGAUUAGGUCCUUGUCAUCCUUUUUUAACUAAUAAUAACUUGUAUCCUGUUAUUCAGAGACCUUACAAGCAUGAUAAGAUUAUGGAAAGCCUUAAUAUUACUGAAGAGAUGUUAAGCUCUAACUCAGUCACAAGACAACUUAAUGAUCAGAUAUCCCUGGCAAAAGCUUUUGUUGUAAUUGCAAAAGAAAGUAACAAUCUCCAAUUUGCUUGGGAAUUAAGUGCCCAGAUCCACAAUUCGCAGAUGCUCCUCUCAAAUGCUGCCACUAGGCGUGUUCCUUUAACAACCAGGGAAACAGAUAGGGCUAUCCAUGAUAUGGCAUUAUUGUUAUACCAGGCCCAGCAGCUCCAUUAUGAUAGUGCAAACAUGAUCAUGAGAUUCAAAGCAAAGAUUCAAGCUCUUGAGGAACAGAUGAAUUCUGUUAGUGAAAAGAGUUCAAAAUAUGGACAAAUAGCUGCUGAAGAAGUCCCAAAAAGCCUGUAUUGUCUUGGUGUCCGGUUGACAACAGAAUGGUUCAAAAACUUUAAUUUGCAAAAGAAAUUGAAGGACAAAAGGCAUGUGGAGAUGAAGCUUAAGGAUAACAAUCUUUACCACUUUUGUGUUUUCUCUGAUAACAUUCUUGCAACUUCAGUUGUGGUCAAUUCAACUGCAAUGAAUUCAAAAAACCCUAAUAUGAUUGUUUUCCACCUUGUCACUGAUGAAAUAAACUAUGCUGCAAUGAAGGCAUGGUUCACUAUGAAUGAUUUCCGUGGGGUGACAGUUGAAGUUCAGAAGUUUGAAGACUUUAGUUGGUUAAAUGCUUCAUAUGUUCCUGUGCUCAAGCAACUU